UAUAUAAAUACAUAUAUAAUAAAUCUAUUUCAAAUGCAUAUAUAUAUAUUACACUCAUUCACAGCAGAAAUUAGGCCACUGACCACAUUAACCAAAACUUAGGUGAGUGAACUGAAACCUAAGAAUGAAUGAACUGUGCAAACACAGUGAAGUCAUAACCUGAGCAGACACCUGCUGUCUCCGUCACACUCAAAAGUGUCAACGCAAGUCUGUUUGUGUGUAAUGAUCAGUGCUAUUUAUAACUAUAUGCUAGUGAAAUUGCACAGAUCGCUCAGACACCCCUCCGCUUGGCCAGAGCCCCUCAGUCCUGCUCAGAGAGGAAAGCAGCACAGAUCCAGACUGACCUCUCCACACAACCUUACCCGGCGCAGACAGCAUGUCUCAGCAUACUCUGAUGUCAACACAGGAGAGGAAAAUGCAGGCAGCUGCUAUUUGUAGAGAGAUCCAUGCCACUGAUGUUGUCUGUUUGAAAUUCUAUUUCUGGGGUUGACUGCGAGAAGACGCUUGACAGCUGUAAGAACAUACCAGCAGGAUACAUUUCCAUCCUUUGAUGAUACGCAUGUCAGAGCUCCCCCGAGUGACCCACCAUCAGUAACAACUAAAUUCAGGCCUAAAUACAGCUAUAAUCAAAAACACAGUGUAAACUAGAGAUGGAUUUGGGAAGGAAAGUUAGCGCACCGAAGGAGAUCAUGUUGGAGGAGCUUUCCUUGGCAUCAAACAGGGGCUCUCGUCUGUUCAAGAUGCGUCAGAAGCGCUCAGAGAAAUACACCUUUGAAAGUGUUCAGAAUGAAACCAACACACAGCACAAUACUGACGCUCCAGGUCCUAGUGCUGAAACGACAAACAAUUUAAGCAAUGAAAGUCUUGGAGUUGACCAGAUAGCCAAUACACUCAACCCUGAGACUAUUGCCCCAGGUUACGGUGUUCCCUUGAAGGAUGUUCCAGCAGAGAAGUUCAACUGUACAGCAAUGCCCAGAUCCUACCAGUCGCCCUGGGAACAGGCCCUCAUUAGUGACCCCUCUCUGGCCGAAACGCUGGUCACCUGCAUGCCUGAGCCCCAAACCAGACAAGAGAUUCCUCAAUAUAAGAGCUUCAACAGGGUGGCUAUUCCAUUCGGUGGUUUCGGGAAGGCACCCAAAGCCCCUGUUAAAUCUUUUGAUGUGAACAACAGCCUCCCCAGUCCAAGCCCCAAGCCUGCAGCACCUGCUCCGGUCAACCGGCCCACCUUCAACAGAACGGCCUCGGGCUGGGUGACUGACAGCGCUCCUCUCAUGCUUCCCAGCAUCCUUCUUGAGCCCAUUUCAUCCAUGUCUUCCACAUUUAUCCCCGAAUCCGAUGAACUCUGAGUGUUAUCCUUGUUUUUGUGAGCUUCACUGUCACUGAAAAAUACACUGGUCAAAUGGAAUUGAUUUGGAAUAAUUAAGAAAAAAAUAAAUCUCUGGCUGCCUUUUUUUUUUUGUGAAAAGAUACAGUAAAAAGAGUAAUAUUUUGAAAUAGUAUUACAAUUUAAAAGAACUGUUUUCUACUUGAAUAACUGUUAAUCUAUCAUUUAUUCCUGUAAUGUUAAGAUGAAUUUACAGCAUCAUUACUCCAGUCUUCGGUGUCACAUGAUCCUUCAGAAAUCAUUCUGAUAUUGCUUGCAAAAUAAAGAUUUCUUAUUAUUUUCUAUGUUGAAAACAGCUGUGUUUGUGAACUGUGAUACACUACCCUUAAAAUAUUGAGCAAGGUGAAAUUGAAAGAAAUGUAUAAUUUAGUAUUUUUUAUCAAAUAAAUGCAGCCCUUCUGAGCAUUAGAAACUUACAAAACAUCUUUAAAAAGAUCUGGAAUAUAUUUUGACUAAUACAAAAGUGGUACAAAAGCUGUCACUAGGGUGGUAUCCUUUCGAAAGGUGCACCUGUGUACCUUAUUUACCCCUAACAAUGCAUAUUAGUACCACAAAGGUGCGUAUUAGUACUUUUUAAAAAUGCACUGGCACAGAGACUGUCACGGUAGGAAAUCCAGUGUUUCCUCCGUGUCAUGUUUUGUGGUUGUUUUUGUACUUACGUUGUCUCCAUGUGCUCGUUUAGUUGAUUGUGGUCACCUGGGUGUUGAUUGUCUCGCUCCAGCUGAUCCUCAUCACCCCUCAGCUACAUAUACUCACCUCUCUCUCUGUCUGUUGUCAGAUCCUCACUCAUGUUGCAGUCUCCCUGUUGGAUUACCGUCUCCCGUGUUAGUGUUCUGGAUUGUGUUCGUGUUGUCGUCUUCGUGUGAGUGUUCCGGUCACUUCCUGGUUUCAUCCAUUGACCGUCCACACCGUCACCACCGACUUCACCAUCCAGCACUUCUCACGCCACUGUAGACCUUCCGUCACCAUUGCCCACAUCCUGGACUGUGCCUUCAUCUUUCAGUUUCGCUGUAUUUUCUACCAUCAAUAAACAACCAUUCUAAUUACCUGCAA